AUGGAGAACAAUAGUCCAAUUUAUCGGUGGCUUUCCACUGUGGAGGACCAUGAAGCUGAGAGCCAGGGACAAGCAAAGGAUACAACUCUCGCAACGAACAUAUCACGAACUUGCAUCCCACUUGAGAUAUCUGAAAGUGUCCAUGGCAAUGAAAACUCAGCCAGCAGGAAAAGAAAUUCAGGUCACCUCGAGCACGCUGAAGGAUCAUCCACUUAUGGGACCAUACCAGGAAGCAAAGGUCACAAGGUAUCUCGACAGAGUUACGAACUAAGGCCCAGACACAAGACUCGGGAGGACCGAUACGAAUACAAAGGCCCAUCAUCAGCUGGGGAGACACAUCGCAAAGGAAGAGCCAAGAAACCCCGUGGCAGAAGACACACCAUGAACGAUGACUUCCAUGCCAUCAAUGUCACAGGAAAUAGGUUGACACUGCGCAACAAUACGAAUCUGGGCAUAUUCAGCAAAGGACGGUCCUCUUCUACAACCAGUCACCCCGGAAACACCCCGUCAACCGCUCUUGCAAAACCCACACCGUUCGUCAAACCUCACAAGUAUUCUGUGGAAUCCGACCUUGCAUUUUCUGAGAUGAAAUUUCUGUCCAGGAAGAAUAAUCUCAGCACAUAUCCACCGUCGACCGCCGUAGACACUCUGGAUGGACAGCACGAGACAGAGUACUGUCCACAAGAGCAACAGUUCGAUAUUCCUGUGCAUGACCCCGAGCUCAAAAUUCCUCCGUCAAACAGCAAGUCACUUGACGUGGAAAGCCAACUUGACUCCCCAGUCCCACCGCUGUUGCCAUUUGAGGAGGCCCCCGCAAGCGAAGUUUCCCCAGUUUCUAGCCACGCUCAGGGCAAUUCCCCCAAGUUCCCCAAUAAAAGAAGGAAAACAUCAAAACAAUCAUCAUCUGUUCCAUACACUUGGACUGAAACUGAAGUGGACAACAGGGAACAAAGCCAUGCCCUCGAACAAUACCUGCUGAGCCUGCUGCAUGUUGGAGUAUAUCCUCAAGCGCUAUGCUCUGAGAUGACAAGAACAGUAUUGGCCAGACAAUACUGGAGUCUUGCUGAAUUGUGGGCGCUGUUAGAGGAGAGAAAGAGAUCAUGGUCUAACGAGACUGGCAACAAAAAGCGAGGCUCACCCAAAGCUAACAUGAGGCAGGUAGCUGCAGUGGGAGCCGAAGCCGAAGCCGCUGCACAGGAGGUUCUCGAAGAGAUUCCACCGGACCAUUUGGAUCUCCAUAAUGUCGGUACCGUACAAAGCGAAAUAUCCCAACAAUCCCAGGAUCUGAACAUCGCCUGUGAAACAACUUCCAGUGUGAAUCACAGUCUACCGCAACAGCCUUCAGUGUCUGAGCAACAGCAGAACAGGCGAGGUCAAGUUUCUGAUAAACCAGGUUGUUCAAGUCCCCAAGCUCCCAAGAGAUCAGAAAGCCAAGAUCCAUUCACAUACAUCUUGAAUGAAGACCACUGCGAGCCUUUGCCCCAAGAAUCAUCAGAGGAUGAAGUCCUUUUUCCUGCAACCCUACCAGAAGUCGAACAGCCGCAUAUGUCCGACAUCGAGUUUUAUGAACUGGCUCGAGUCGAUGAUGAUGAUGUGUUCUAUCGCACGCUGGAUGCUGCGUACUGCGCUAUCGUGCGCCCUGGGGUUGCGGCAGAAGUUGCAUCAAAUUUGCAGCAGUUACUUGAAUCCCCCGAGCUGAAUGGCGCUGAUCUUCCGAAUACACCAGAAUCGACUAGUUUUCGAGCCUCCGAUCUUCCUACUCGGCAGGUAGAGGCGGGAGAGCCGGGGCAUUUGGCAACGGUUUCGCAAGAUAUCAUACAAGAACGGAUUGAUGAAAGGCAACCUGAGACUUUUCGCCAACAAGAACUACCCACAAGUCAUUCAGAUGAUCAUUGUGUUGAUCAGAAUAAUCAUUUGCCAUGGCUGACUACUGGAUACGACCAGUCCCAAGCGUGUACCUCGACUGUAAUCAAUGCGCGACAGAGUCAGCCUCCAGAAUUAUCUGAUUUCUGGCGACAGAACAAACUCUAUUGA